AACUAUUACAUAGCGUUUUUAUGCAAACUUAGAAUAGCCCGAAAUAGCAGUGUUCUUAAAAUAAUGUUUUACUUUUCAUGUUAAUGAUUUUCUGCACCAUAAUUUGCAAGCACUUUUUUCAUCUUAGGGUAUUACCACUUAAAACCCUUUUACGGCAGCUACCGCCCCCAAUUGCAAUUAUCUUGUCGCAUUUGUAUAUAUAUUCGCCGGCUAUUACAUGAGUUGGGGUUUUCUUCUUAUUUCCAUUUUCAUUAUUUUGCUGCUGUUUGCUGUUUGGUUUGUGCCGUCUUGUUUUCCUUUUGCUGUUUAACAAAUUUACAGUUUGUUAACUAAGUAUUAUGUUUGGGCCAAGUUUUCUUCAUGCUCAUUUCGCGUUUUGCAUUUAUGCAGUUGAAGUUGCAGUUGCUAUUGCAGUUGCAACUUCAGUUGGCAGUUGCAGUGGUUCGGUCUGGGCCCAUUUCACUUUCGGUUAGAUAACCGCAGUCCAGUGAGAGGUGGGGAUUUUUCGAAUUGUGAAUUUGCCUACGUAGGACUUACCCAUUUGGGCCGACUUUGUCACCAGGGAAUCGAGACAGGCAGACAGGCAGGCAUCUUACAAAUAUCCAUUGUUAACCCCAGCAUUGUUAGCCGUAAUUGUUUGGCACGUUUACAAAUGAACCGCUUCUGACAUAGUGACAGUGAACUCUUACCGAGAGGACUGACUUGCACCCAUUUGUCGCAACAUUAGAUAAUGGCUUGCCCUCAAGUUCGCAUUGUGUUGAUGUUUGGGGACUCAGUUUCGGAGUCUGCAGUUGAAGGCUUUCAUCAGUAGGCAACGUACUUGAGUUCAAGGCUGUUGCUCUCUCAAAAGUCGGACAUUAGAGAUCUUGAUAGCUUUGGGUCAAGAACAUAUAACGCUACUGAAGGAUUUUUUUGUAUUUACACACUCAACAAUACUUACCAAAAUUAGAAAAACAGUCGGUUCAACAUAAUUCAGCCACCUAAUUGUUUAGUUAAAUUAUUAUUAAUCUCUUCAAUUAUUUUUUAAUGUAUUGAUUUAAUCUGUAACUGGCAGAAAUUACAUAACAAACGAAUGGUAACCUAAGAAGUAGAUUCUCAGAAGAUUUCCAAAGCAAAAUCGUGUCCUUGCUUUACUUCUUGCGAUACCAACUUUUCCAUUAGCGAUCAUACCAUUUCAAGUUCGUUGCCUCAGUCUUUCGAUUGGGCCAUGUCAGAAAACGAAGCCAAGAGUGAUGUUUUUCGAGCAGUCGAACACGUUUAUGCCACCGAACUUAAUGAGCCGCAUUGCAGUUUUCGGAUUGCCACAUGUGGAUAACACCGAUGCCGAUGCCACUCGAAACGCAUUGAACCCCAGACACUCGUUUGUGGCCAAGAGGCUGUCAUGAAAAUGUCGGCAAUGCUGCCGAAAAAAAUAUAAAAUAAAAUUGUAACACAAAAAGAGCAUAGAAAGAGAGGGCAACACUCUUAACCCCACGACUAAGAGCGUUCAAAAAGACCCCCAAAAAGCGCUCAAAAUGCACUUCGUUGGCGUCUCUCCGAUGAUUUCUUUAAAUAAGCCGCACAACGCGAUUUUCGAGCACAGUUCGAGCGCAGACGUUGCCGAGAUAUAGCCGCAGCUCCAAUCCCCAGAUCGGGAGACUCGAAUCGGUGAAAGAAAGUGGAGAGUGAAAUUUUGUGUGUUCGCUGCAAAACCGCCGCUGAGACGAAUGCCGAUGACAAAACAAACGUGAAGCGAAACGGUUCGAAAUCGAAGUUGUAGAAAAAAGUGCGGCGGCCAAAAGUGCCAAUUGCAAGUGGCCAAGUGAAGAAAGUUGAUGUGAAGAGGAGACAGCGUUAAAACAUAGUUUAAAAAUUAAAUACAACCCGACGACGUCAUCGGUAAAAGUGAAUCUUGAUCUCGAUUAGCCGCCCAGCUAAUCGAAGGCCCAAAUUGCAACUAAAAGCCACAAAAAGCAAAAACACAGGAGCCCGAAAUGAAGGUCUUCAGCCUAAGUCUUUUGCUGGUGGCCGCCCUCCCACUGAUGUGCCACGCCCUCCCAGCUAGCGAUAAGUCCCUUUCCCUGGAAGACACAGAUCUGGACAAUGAACCGGGCGAGAGUGUGAAGGAGUCGCAGGUGCAAAAGCGGUCCGGCAGCUUCGACUACGUGGCGCACCUGAAGUCCGGCCUGCUGUCCGGAAUUGGCCAGGCAUCCGCCUCAAUCGCCUCCGGCAGUUCCGGCGGAAGCAGCGGGGGCGGGGACAGCUACAAGUCCCACGAGAUUGUUGUCCACGGCAACUCGGUGGACUACGACCCCUGGUCGUUCAAGAAGUCCGUGCUGAACACCAUCUUCCAGGCGGUCAAGGCCAUCACCGGCGGGGUCACCGCACUCAAGGGUCAGCUGAUCAAGGGCAGCGGAUACGCGCUGAGUGCGGGCGGCAACCUGGUAGCAGCCGGCGGCGAUAAGGUCACCGACGUGGGCAAGUCCAUCAUCAACUCGGCGCACAUCAACUCGCACACCUACGCCACUAGUCACUCCUCCUCCGGCGGCGGUCUCUUCGCCAAGCUGACCUCCUUGUCGGGCGGCUCCUCCGGCGGCAGCAGUGGGCACAAGACCGUCUCCGCUCCUGGACCCGUUGUGCAUCACGAGACCAUCACCACGUACGAGAUACCCACCGGCCACGCCAGCUACGGUCCGCCAUCGAAGCCCCCGUCCUACAGCAGCGCCACCCACCAGUACCUCCCGCCGGUGGGCGGGGCCAGCUACAGCGGCGGUGCGCCCUUCAGCGUGAGCCACCCGGCGGCCUUCGAGUCGCCGCCAAGCAAUUACCUGCCAUCGGCCUAUGGACAAGAUGCGAUCAGCGCAAAUAGCAAUGACUUUAACAUCUAUGGCCGCCACUCCAAGCUGUCGGACGAGGAAGCCCGAAAGGCGGCUGCGCAGCUCCAGGAGAUCCUCAGCUUGCUGCCCAACGGGAAAACCGAGUACACCGCUUCCAAGACAGUGGCUUUGGAUACCAGUUUGCCAACGGGUACGGGUUUGGAGCAGGCAGAGGUCUAUAACAGCUAUGGCAUACCACUGCCCAGUAACCUGGGCACCUUGGAGUCUCUAUCGCACACGGAAUCCAUUACAGCUGCCUAUAAUCCCGCCUCCAAGAAUCCGGCGGAUGUAUACCACCAGAUGGCCAAACGUCCCUCCGCCGAGGAACUCUACAUUCAGAAGCAUCCCAACGAAGGUUACGAUUACACACCACCCGCAGGUGCAGCGCCGCCACCGCAAGCUGCUUCGGAUUACCGGGUGGAGAACUACCACGCCACCAAGAGUAAUGCGCUCAAGGAUCUGACGCCCAUUAUAGCCGCCUUGGAGGUGGCCAAACGUAAGGGCAACAGCCAUGGAAGCGGGCCAGUCUACUCCAUUGAGAAGCAGGUGCACAAGCAGUCGCCCCACUUCCAGUACCUGCCGCCAGUGGUGCAAAAGUCCAAGUACGUGUACAGUGCACCACCGCACCACCAAGGACACAGCGGUGGCUACAAGGUGCGCCGCCACGUGGCGGGCGGCAAGCACACGAAGCGCGUCUUCCGGCCGCAGGACUACGAGAUACAGGAUCCAUUGAUGUUCAAUCGCCUGCUGGAGGUCUAAUGGAAUGGACAGCAGUUCUUAGCUUAUAGUCCUCUAAGUCAUGUGCAGCAUUUACCUAUAACUUAUUUAUGUUAUGUUCUCGUUAUCGCAAUCGUAAUUAAUUAUUUAUUGAGCUUCCCAGCGAUGGUUGGCAAUAAAGCGCGCCAUUGAUAUUGCAUCCGAAAGCAUCUAAGCACAGCAUGCCCCACAAGAUCCCCAGCACCACCAAUCCACCCACUCCCUCUACUCGCACACCCACUUUCCUGCGCUGCUGCACCACCGCACACAAAUGAAUCGGGAACCCUUUUUCUCACCUCUCACCGAUCUCUUUGCAGUCUACCAGCAGUAGAGGACGCUGAGGAAGCUGUGGACCACGCCCAGUUCGCCAACAGCACCGUCCAUCUCCACGUAUCCUAGAGUUAGUCAAGCCGUUCCUGUCUAUUUCGAAUCUAUCUGCUGUCACUCUCCCCCCCAUUCUAUAUACAUUUUCGAUUCGAAGAACCUCGUUAGGGGCCUCUCAGCAACUUCAGUUGGCAUUAAUUGAACUUCCCCAUCUUACCUUUAAGUAUUUAAUUAAAUAAAUCGUUGAUUAAA